AUGUCGAAAGAAGCCCCCCUCUCGGUCUCAGAACGCCAGUUCAUUCUUGAGGCACUGCGCCAAGAUGCGCGCCUCGAUGGCCGCGGGCCCGACCAGUUCCGCCCGCUAAGCAUCACUUUCGGCGAGGAGUAUGGACAUGUGAAGCUGCAGCUAGGAAAGACCAGUCUUGUCGUCCGUAUUUCCGCCGAAGUCACACAACCGCGGGAUGACCGUCCCUUCGAUGGUCUCUUUCAAAUCAACCUUGAAUUAUCUGCUAUGGGCUCACCAGCCUGGGAGAAUGGCCGUUCAAAUGAUCUGGAGGCCUACGCCACCCACGUCCUCGACAGUGUCGUCCGCCGGUCGAACGCCCUCGAUACCGAGUCGCUCUGUAUUUUGAAGGGCGUGAGCUGCUGGAGCAUUCGUGCCGAUGUGCAUGUGCUAGAUUUCGAUGGUAACUUGACGGACGCGGCCUGUAUCGCGAUCAUGACCGGACUGCAACACUUCCGCCGGCCGGAUGCUGUGGUGAAGGACGGCCAGGUCAUCGUCUAUGGUGUGGAGGAGCGAGUACCCGUGGCGCUGAACAUUACGCACAAGCCGCUCUCGGUUACGUUCAACUCCUACAAUGACGGCAAGAAUAUUAUUGUGGACGCCACUCUCAAGGAGGAGCAGGCUUCGGAGGGCGAAUUGGUGAUUGGCAUCAACAACGGCGGCGAUGUCUGCUUUGUUUCCAAGUUCUCGGGGGCGCCGGUCGACGCGAUGGAGGUGGUGGUCAAGUCCAAUGUGGCACUGGAAAAGGUCAAGGAUAUCAACACCAAGAUGGAGAAAGCGAUGCAGGCCGACCUGGCGAAACGGGCUAAGAAGGGCAUGGCGGACCUUUCUCGUGCUGAAAAUGACCGGUGA